UCCAAGAUGGCGUCGAAGCAACUACCUUAUGGACCAGAUCCGCUACAAGAAGCAAGGAAACACAUGGCGGAGUUGGCCAAACGACCUCCUAUAUCACCAGAAAAAUGUGGAGGAUUGAUUAGAGACCCGGCCAUAGAACGGUUCGGUUGGAUAAGAGAAAACUCUGACCAAUUCUUUAGAUUCAAGCCAAGAACUGUCUUCUACUCUGUUAUGGUUGCAUUGGUCGUUCCUGGUGCACUAUACUUCGGCUUAAAAAAAAUGCAGAGAGACGCGGAUAUAAAAGCUGGCAGACCUCCUCGGGAUUUUCUAUAAACAUUCUUAAUUUUCUCAUUGUAAUUAUAUUUUAAAGUUUGAAAAUACCAUUUAAAAUCUUUUCUAAGCUCAAUUAAUAGCUGUCUUGCUUUCUCAAGUAUCUGUAGCUAAUAUGAAUAUCUUAUAAGUGUUUCAAAUAUGUAUGGCCUUGUGUUGAGUCAUUUGGAGAUGUUGUAUUUUUUUAUUAUUAGGGAAAGUUCAUUUAAUAUGCCGAGGGGGAGGGGGGAUGAAUAUUGCUCUUAGAAAACCUUAUUUUUUACAGGGCGCCCUAUAUUUACACGGCACGAUUUGCCGCGCGCGACUUGACGUAUACGGCAAAAUCAGCUCAAAAUCGGGUCGUGUAAAUGGUCCUACGACAGAAGUACGCGGCCUCAAGACUUUUCGUAGCAUUUUAAACUUUGGCUUAAAACCCUACGACAUGCCGUAGGAAAAUGACGCAAAUAUGACGAUUUUGAGCGAGAUUGGGACUGGAACUAGUUGAUUCCAAAACAAAAUGGCGGAUUUCCAUGAAAACGUCUUUACCGGUAAUUAAACACGAAGUGCAAAAAUUCUGAAUGAUCUCAUCAAAUAACAAGGUAGACAUGAUUAUUUACUGCACUUCUCAACUGUGUAUGGUGGCAUUUUACAAGAAACAUUUGCUGUUAUGACGAGUAAAUUGCUCGCGUUUUUUCCAUGCCGCGUGCGACAAGUUAUGCUCGUGUAAAUGGUACCAAAAUUUACCGUAUACGUCAAGUCGCGUGCGGCAAAUCGUGCCGUGUAAAUAGGCCUUAAGGACUUAACUUAGCCCCCCCCCAAAGAAAAACAAAAACAAACAGCCAAUGAAAAUUUUCAAAUUAAAAUUGAGAGCUUCCCUUUGUAUGCAUUACAAUUUUCCCUUAUUGAUAUAAAAUCAAGUGCUCUGUACUGUUGUCUGUCAUAGGCGAGUUGUAGGCUUGAUUUACGCGCUACGACUCGAGUUGUAGGAUGGCGCGAACGUGUUGUAUACGAUAGUUGUAGGCAAAAAUCGUACCGUCUAAACCGGCCUUAAGAAUGUCAGGGCUCUAGGGCUGAGAGUGUACAUGUAAAUCAUAAACAUUAUCAAAAAUA